AUGCAUACGCCAUUCUACUUCUUGCUUCACGAGGCCGAUGCUGCCACUGCUGCAGCAAUUUUCAAGGAAAUGAAUAAUUCCACAAACUCCACAAACUCCACAAACUCCUCCGCUUGUCGAACCAUGAAAGAGUGUUUUAAAGACCCCAAAAGCCGCAUCGUCCUUAUUAUCGUCUGGUCGCUCGCAGGGAUGUCCUUCAUUGGAGCUGUGGUAUUGCUGGUUAAAUUCUGGCUGACCCACCGACGCAAGUCUAGGUCACAGAAUCAGGAGGCAGUGCCUGAAGGACUUGGUAUUCGGAUGGAUGAAGUGAAUGGACAGAACGUGCAGGGGUCAGGCGCGGGUCAAAACGCACCAGAAUCGGAUUCAAAAUGCUGUUUCUGA